AGUCACCUCCAGAAAUGCGUCUCGCCUGGGUGCUCCCCUCCCUGAUGCAGUCACAGGCACACACCUGUCCUCAGGUGCCUGCUCCCUCAGUCGGGAAGAUGCGGAGCCUGACUGCCUGAUUUCAACACCUGUGAAGAUGCAGGAGCCAAGACUGCCCGGGCGGCUGGCCCCUGGUUCACCUGUUUCUGGAGCAAUGCCUUCCCAGAAGGCCCAGCAGCAGCAGGUGAAGCAGCCUUGUCAGUCACCCCCUGUAAAAGGUCAGGACAGCUGUGCACCCAAGACCAAGGACCCCUGUGCUCCCCAGGCCAAGAAGCAGUGCCCCCACAGGGGCCCAGCCACUCCAGCCCCGCAGAAGGGCCCCUCCGCCCAGCAUGCCCCCAAGAGUAAGCAGAAGUAAGAAUGGACUGAGGCUACCACCGGCUUACCAUCCAGGCUGCUUUCUUCCUCCAGCGCCAGGAUUUUCCAUCCUCUGCCACCUCCUCCUAGCUAGGAUUCAAUAAAGCAUUCUAGGCA